CUCCGCCACAGUCUGGCGCUCUCCGCUCUCCUCACAGCGCAGCUUUUCUACUCCUCUUCCUCAAACCCAAAGUGUCCGGACCAAAACUGCAACAUUCCUGAGGACAACUUUCUUCACUGCUCAUGAACCUAUCAUUCCUACAGACCAGAAGAAACAUUUGGAGAACACCUGGACACUGUUAUUUUCUGGUUAUAUAACUUUUGUUGCACUUGAACGACUCCUUUACAUUCCGAAGACUUUGGCCCCGGUCGGACAUUGAUUGUUUUUCUUUUUAAAUCAACGAUCAAAGUCAUUUUUUUCUUAUUAUAAUAUUAUUCUGAAUAGACCAAACAAGCAGGAGGCACUAGCCUACUUUUCUUUCUUUUUUUGCACAACCCAGAAAUAGUCUUAACUGUUUUUUUCCUUGACGCGUAGUCUUAAAUUAAGUAACAAAACAGUCUAAAAUGGCAGGUAUGAACUCUCUGGAUGCUGUGAAGAGGAAGAUUCAGUGUUUGCAGCAGCAGGCCGACGACGCGGAGGAUCGGGCUCAGGUCCUACAGAGAGAGCUGGACAGUGAACGGGAGCUCCGAGAGAAAGCGGAGGGUGAUGUAGCAGGUCUGAACCGUAGGAUUCAGCUGGUGGAGGAGGAGUUGGACCGAGCCCAGGAGAGGCUGGCCACAGCACUGCAGAAACUGGAGGAGGCAGAGAAGGCCGCAGAUGAGAGCGAGAGAGGGAUGAAGGUGAUUGAGAACCGAGCGAUGAAGGACGAGGAGAAGAUGGAGAUUCAGGAGAUGCAGCUGAAGGAGGCUAAACACAUUGCAGAAGAGGCCGACCGUAAAUACGAGGAGGUGGCCCGUAAGCUGGUGAUCCUGGAGGGUGAGCUGGAGAGAGCUGAGGAGAGGGCUGAGCUCUCAGAAUGUAAAGCCAGUGACCUGGAGGAGGAGCUGAAAAAUGUGACCAACAACCUGAAGUCCUUAGAAGCCCAGUCUGAGAAGUACUCAGAAAAAGAAGACAAGUACGAAGAGGAGAUCAAAGUCCUGACUGACAAACUGAAGGAGGCUGAAACUCGUGCAGAGUUUGCAGAGAGGACAGUGGCCAAACUGGAAAAAUCCAUUGAUGACCUGGAAGAGAAAUUAUCACAUGCCAAAGAGGAGAAUCUGGGCAUACAUCAAGUCCUGGACCAAACCCUGCAGGAACUGAACAGCUUAUAAACACACAGAGAGGAAACUGGAGAGGAUGAGAUCGUCACGUAACAUUCCUUCAAUGUUCGACUCCAUUCCACAUUUCGAGCUGUAAAAUCUUUAUUCCCCGUGAGAAGGGGGAUUAACUUAAUGCUUGUCCCUUGAUGUUUUUUAUUUUUUUUCUAAGGCACAACCUUCUUUUAUUUUUUAAGAUGGGAAGUUACUUUGACCACAUCGCUUUUAUUUUUUUUUAUCUCCAGCUGUGAUUGCAGAAAUUCUCCCCAGAAAUACUUUUUGACCACUCAUUUAGAAAGAACUGGCAAUUAUUACACCCAUAAGAAAAUCUCAGAUUUGGUCCCCAAACCACUUAAACUGGCUCAGUUUUACAUUUUAUGUGCACAUACAUUAAGCCUGUCUGAUUAUUUUAAUACAUAUGCUGCAGAUGGCGUUGGGGUUCGCUCAGUCUACAUUAGUGCCACCCAGUGGUGAUGUGAAGUUAGUCAUCAGUUUCAUUUUUCUGAUCAUGCUGUACAAACUUAAGAGGCUACAAGUUAACAGACAUUCGACUUCUCUGUGCCUGUCUUUGCAGUAUCCUCUUAAAUCUGUAAUCUCUAAAUCUCUAUAUUUGUACAGCAUGGUCAAAUGGACAGGUGACCUUAUGGAAAGGUUUCACUGAUACACAGGUCAAAGCACAUGCUGCUCAGUCACUCUAGGCUUCCUUACAUUUAAUUAAAGAUUAAUGUCUCUUCUGCCAAUCCCCAGUCAUCCUGAGGCCUACAUGUUGGAGAUGCACUGGAUAUUUAUGUGCAUCCAGCUUUACUACUCUCUCUCUUUGGUGUGGGAAUCUGUGCAGAACCUGGGAGCUGUGCAUGUAUAGUAUCUAGCAGUGACCUGCAACUCUAAGCUGUACUACCUUCCCCUGAGCUUGACCUGACCAUAGACACUUUCAGCAUCGUUGCCAACAAUACGCCAUAAUGUAGCCAAUAUUUACUAGAUUUACAAUAUAUUAUUACAUGAGCGAGCUAAACCCCAAACCACUGGAAGCUCAGUCAAGUUUUAAUAACCAUGGAUACUUAUUGUAUAUAGUAGAAUAAUGUUAGGUAUAUGAGAAAUUGUAUUGCUUUGAUUUUUUUCUGGGUUUUGUUUCAUUUACACCACUUUUUUUUGCCAGGGGAACUCUCCAAAGACCAAAGAACACGCAUAACACAGACAAUAAAUUCUUAAAUUGUUUUAUUUUUUUUGUUUGUGAUGGUCAUCAUGGUUUCAUCUCAUGCCAGGGCCAUGAAAAGCGCCUCACACGUGAUCAAGACCAUUUCGAAAUGUUUCAUUCACCACCACCACCCCCCCUCUAUGUCAACCUAAUAAAUGUUUUACAGAAA